AAUUUGAAGUCACCGUUUCACCAAGCCAAGAGCAGCUUCAAAAGAAGCAACUGGAGAGAGCGAGAUCUGCAGAUCCCAAGUUGAAUCACAGAGAGAGAGAGAGAGAGAGAGAGAGCGUCGCGAGAACGUCAAAGCCAAAACCCAGAAUGCGAUUUCAUCAUUAGUGAUGCCGUGCAGGUCGAUUCUUGGUGGAGGAAGCAAAUAUUGAUGUGCGCGCUGCGGUUGGCGAGCUGGUGGGCUGAUAUGUUCUGCAAAGGAAUGAUUGAUCUUUCUGAACUCUAGUUGGUAAUGCGUAUGCUUGUUAACGAGUUGGGGUUGCUUUGGAGUGGAAAAAGUUUUCAUUUUGUGCAAAGGGUCUUUGUCAAUUCAGAGACAAACCGACAGCUUCAGGCUGUUUAAGAAUUUGAAGGGUUGGUUCUCUGAUAGAGCGUAUACCGCAGAGCGGAAUCAUCACUUUCUGCAUUCAAUUGUACCUUGGUUGAUGUUUUCUUUCUACUGCGUCCUAUGCAUUUUGGGGGAUUCUGAAAUGUCCAGUUAAGGGCGUGACUAGGAGGAAAAUGGCUGAUCGGGACAUAGAGAUGCUCCGAAGAUGAGAAGAGGGCGCUUCGCGAAGAAUUCGAUUGCCUUCGUGUGCACGGUUGUUUCGCUGUGUUGCUUUCUCGUACUGAUUCUCUCGACACUCAGGCUUCCGGAGGUGUCAUCCGGUAACGAUGCCGUGGGAUCUCACCGGACUACAAAAGCCGGGAAAUUCUCCGAGAAUCGGCGUUUAGGGACGUUCGGGGAGAUGAUGGUGGAAAUGCUGCCACAAGACCUUGCCUUCACUGUUUUCGUCCCUUCGGAGAAAGCAUUCGGGCGUGAUCUGCAGCUGAACGCGACUGAAAGUUUUGCUGCGGAGAACAUUAACAACACCUACGCGGUUGUUUCGCGUGUCCUCGGUUUCUCUGCCGUCCCGCGAGUUCUUACUUCGGAGACAGUGCCCGUGGGCAAGGAGAUCUCUUAUGAUUCGUUGUCUGGGUAUGCUCUGUAUAUAUCAAAGGCUGUCAAUGGAAGGAUAAUAGUCAAUGGAGUCGAAUCGGAAAGUUUGGAUACAAGGAAGGGCGAGAUUGUUGUGCAUAUUAUGGAUGGAGUCAUCAUGGAUGCUGAUUUUAAACAAUCGGUUCAGCCAGAUUAUGAAGGCUGAUGACCGCAAGCCAGGGGAAGCAUUGAACUGGAUGAUUUUCUUUCCAGCUAAUUACAAGUAGUCAACUACCAACUGAACAGAAUUGACCAUUGCACAGGAGCAAAAUAUUGUGUACUUGUGUAGUGUAUACAACAAUCUCUCAAAUUUGGAAAGUAGAAGUGAUUAACACCCCUC